AUCCCAUCUACACUUUUCAAUAAAGCAUCCACAUACUCUGUCCUGGGAAUACUACACCAUGUUUCAGUGUAAAGCUCAUCUUGUGAUGAGAUUGAUUGAAAAUAGGAUCAGCAUGGAAUUCAUGUUACAAGUUUUCAAUAAGUUGCUAAGUCUGGCUAGUACUGCUUCAUCUCAGAAGUUCCAGUCACAUAUGUGGAGUCAGAUGUUGGUUUCCACAUCUGGAUUUUUGAAAUCCAUUUCAAAUGUUUCUGGCAAAGACAUUCAGCCUUUAAUAAAGCAAUGGGUAGACCAGAGUGGAGUGGUAAAAUUUUAUGGAAGUUUUGCAUUUAAUAGAAAACGAAAUGUCUUAGAACUGGAAAUAAAACAAGAUUAUACAUCUCCUGGAACUCAGAAAUAUGUGGGACCACUUAAAGUUACAGUGCAGGAGUUAGAUGGAUCUUUCAAUCAUACAUUGCAAAUUGAAGAAAAUAGCCUCAAACAUGAUAUACCCUGCCAUUCCAAAAGCAGAAGGAAUAAGAAAAAAAAAAUUCCGCUGAUGAAUGGAGAAGAAGUUGACAUGGAUCUUUCUGCAAUGGAUGCUGAUUCCCCUUUGCUGUGGAUAAGAAUAGAUCCAGAUAUGUCGGUACUGAGGAAGGUAGAGUUUGAGCAGUCUGACUUUAUGUGGCAGUAUCAGCUCCGCUAUGAAAGGGAUGUUGUUGCACAGCAGGAAUCCAUCUUGGCCUUGGAAAAGUUCCCGACCCCAGCAUCUCGGCUUGCACUCACCGACAUCCUGGAACAGGAGCAGUGCUUCUACCGCGUGAGGAUGGCUGCUUGCUUCUGCCUUGCAAAGAUUGCAAAUUCAAUGGUGAGCACGUGGACAGGACCACCAGCCAUGAAAUCUCUCUUUACUAGGAUGUUUUGUUGUAAAACUUGUCCAAACAUUGUGAAAACAAACAACUUUAUGAGCUUUCAAAGUUAUUUUCUACAGAAGACUAUGCCAGUUGCAAUGGCGUUGUUAAGAGAUGUUCAUAAUCUUUGUCCCAAAGAAGUCUUAACAUUUAUUUUGGACUUAAUCAAGUACAAUGACAAUAGAAAGAAUAAG